AGAGAGAGAGAGAGAGAGAUUCGAAAAAUUGCUAAAAGCCCUCCCGAGGGAAGAACCGAAUAGAGACAGAGACAGAGACCAGACAGAGAGCGAAGCCAAUGCCAAAGUGAUAUCUACCUUCUCUUCUCUUCCUCGGGGGCGGAGUGGCGAUAGCAAAAAUAUGGAGGACGGGGUGAAGUUUGUUAUUUCCACUCCUUACCAUUACCCUUACCGCUCCUACGCUCCUCCUCCUCUUCCUCAUCCUCCAUCUUCUUACCCCUCCCCUUCCCUCUCAUCUUCUUCCACGCUCUCGCACCCAAUCCCUAACUCUAACCCUAAAACCACAACCACCCCGGCUUCGGCUCUCUCCCUCCUGCUCUUAAUUCCCACGCCACCGCCCGCUCACUCGCUCUUCAAUUGCUCUGUCUCCCUCUCUCUUUCCGUCUCUGUGGGCUCCUGCUUGCUCUCUUCCGUUGGUUUCUUUCCUCGGGGGGAUAAGGCGGCAGCAGAUCGGGUGGGUUUCUUGAGGAGUCUCCCCUGUUCGCGGACUGUGGAAUUGAGUGGUCCGAGAACUCCAUCCGUUAAAAUUCUUCGCUCAUGGAAGAAUUCAGUGGCAAUCCUUUCAAUGUCAUGGGUACUGCGGUGAAGAGAAGGCGAAGCCAUCGUGCGCGUAGACCUCCACCUGAUUCCUGCUCGUACGACGAAGGGCAUGAGUGUUCGCCGUCAUCUCCGGCACCACCUUCCGAUGAUGCCAGCAAGGGUUCCAGUGAUGAAACUGUUAGUGGUGAGACCACUUUCAAGAGAAAGGAGUUCAACCUCAAUCAAUGUGUGCAUGUCUCUUCUUUGGCAGGAGCAGAAUCCGAGAAAUCACUCGAUAAUGGGAAGGAAGAUGAUGGAGGCUUCGAUGUAUUUUACAAUAAUGAACUCGGGAGUAGCGGGGUUAAUAACAAAAGAUCUAGUGAGGGCGUCCUAGCUCCAGUGAACUGGAAGAGUUCUAGCAGGCAGAACGGUGAGAGUCAGAGUUCUGGACAAUCUGGAGUUGCUUUGGAUGGAUCUGGAAAUGAAAGCAAGGUUAAGAAAGUAAAGCUGAAAGUUGGCGGUGUUACUCGUACGAUUUCCACAUCAAAUGGUUCUUCAGAGGCUGGAACUUCCAGAAGAGUUAAACAGAAUUCUCAGGGAAGUUCAGAUCACACCAAUUCUCCCUCAGAUAAAAGGAGCGGGCUGCAGGGUAUUCCCUGGAAAGAUUUCUCGAGAGGUGGCUUUAGUUUUGGGAAAGAAGAUUCUGUGAUGGGUAAGAUGACUGGAACGCAUGCGGCAGGGAAGCAAGGGGAAAAGUCCGAACCUGUUCGGAAGAGCAAGAGAAUGCCUAAGAAACGGGUAAUGGACGGUGAUUUUGAUGAUGAUGAAGAUGAUGAGAUCCGAUACUUGGAAAAACUCAAAGCCUCAAGGAUUGGUAUGGGAUCCAAGGAAUUUGACGAGGACUCUGGGAGGAAGCAACGGAAACUUGCCAGUGUUUCUGAUAUUGAACGACAAGGUGCAUUCAAAGCCGGCAAAGAUGCAAAGAGGAAGUCUAGAGCUGAUAGAGUUUCUGAAGAUACUGAUUAUGAGGAAGAAGAAGAAACAGGAUCUGAUGGUGAUCUUGAAGGGAAAAAGAAGAAGAAGCAAAAGAAGGAAUCCAUUGAUUAUUUGAUGGAUAAUAAUAGGAGGGAGACAACUCUUACGACGCGUCAACGGGCCCUGCAGUCAAGCAAAGAUGCCUCGGUGGGCCCAGGAUCUAGUUUGAUUGAGUUCCCGAAUGGAUUGCCUCCUGCUCCACCAAGAAAGCAAAAGGAGAAACUCUCAGAAGUUGAACAACAGCUUAAGAAGGCUGAAGCUGCACAGAGACGUAGACUGCAAAAUGAGAAGGCUGCAAGGGAAUCCGAGGCUGAGGCAAUUAGAAAAAUCCUUGGUCAAGAUUCUAACAGGAAGAAGCGUGAGGAGAAGAUUAAGAAGCGUCAAGAAGCAUUGGCAGAGGAGAAGGCUGCUAAUGCUUCGAUGCUCUCGUCAAACAUUGUUCGGUGGGUUAUGGGGCCAAGUGGGACUGUUGUGAUUUUCCCCAACGAGAUGGGACUUCCCGAAAUCUUCCAAUCAAAAACCUGCAGUUACCCUCCACCGCGCGAGAGCUGUGCUGGGCCCGAGUGCACUAACCCAUACAAGUAUCGGGAUUCCAAGACAAAGCUUCCUCUCUGCAGCCUUCAGUGCUACAAGGCCCUUCAGCAGAAGGUGCAGGCCGAAGCAAUAUGCUGAUAGUUACUGCCUUUAUUGUAGGCAGGCCCUGAUAUUAGAGAGUUUUAUCAUUAGCGACAGCAUUGUAUCUACUCUGCUGCCAUUUCCCAAAAACCGACAUAAUUUUUGGAGCCUCCGAUGAAUCUUGUAUCGAUACUGGUGGUACCAUUAAUUUGCUCCUAUAGAAUAGCAGCCAAUCAUUUAUUGGUAUAGCAAAUUGUUUAUUUCCUUGCUGAUAAGCUUUAGUUGACCCUUCAUUGUCAUUUGGAGAGAUAGAGCCUUCCUUUGUGAUUUUGGUCAUACAGACAGGAUUCUGACAAUGAAAUGCUAACUCGGUGUGAACAGCAUGAGGUAUUACAAUUUUCCGACUGGAUUAAGUCUGA